CUUAAAAUGCAGAAAAAAAAAUUGUGUGUUCAAUGUUCAAAUUUAAUUUGGCAUUUCUUUCCAAAAUGGCAGAAUUUAAAGUUAUGAUUUAUUUUUAUUAUACUUUUAUAUUACUCAUCCUCAGUUUUACGAUUAUUAUUUCCGAGAGCAAGCAUAUUAAACUUGAAAUUUUACAAUUUCCAUCAUUUGAACUGGUUACUGGAAUAGUCUCAUCCCAUCGUAAUUUCACAGAAUUAGAAUUAGAUUACAAAUUUAAUGAUAAUACUUUAAUAACUGUGACCUGCGUUUCUUCCUCACCUGUGUUAAUGGUGUAUGAUUAUGGACUUAGAAACCUUGAAAAAGUCUACAUUCCGCAAGUAGAUCAGUACAUUCACCGUACUUUUACAGACUUUUGGAACACGUCAACAUAUACGUUUAAAGCAUUGAUGAAGACAAAGAAAAAGAUGUUCGUAGAAUUGGGAAACAUUUAUUGCGAAAAUGCAGACUCAGAAGAACGUGCAAACUUUCACUUUCAGAGAGUAAAUCACACUUUAACAAUUUUCAAGGCGUGGAUUUCUCAGAGAAAUGUGAAACAUACCGAAGAAUCUCACAACAAAAGCUGUGGAGCACAGAUUUUUGUAAAAACGACAGGAAAUGGGACCCAAUGGGGCUGCCAGUCAAAAAUUGAUGAUCGUUUGCUACCAACUAAAUUCGCUUAUUGUUACUCUGCCGUAGAUUGUGCAAACAUUUUACGAAGUGUACAAAACAAGGAAACGUGUGUUACGCGAAUUGCGUUAAUCGAAACUUGUGAAAGGUGUAGAGAAUCCCAUCUGGAAGUAUCGAAAUUAAAGCAAUUUCAUUCCCAACUGGCAAUUUGCGCCGACGGACAAGAAGCAACUGCGGCGGUCGUAUUUUUCUUUGGAUUUGGUCCGAAAGGAACUACGGAUAACCACAAAUUAUAUUUGUCCUGGUCCGAAGUAAUUCAUCCAGAGAACGAAAUGCUAUUUAUUUUUCCACCAAAAAAGACAGAGUUUAAAGUUAAUCAAAGUGCAGAAUUUGAAUGUCACGGGGUCCAACACUACUUCUCGUUCGGCUAUAUAUUUGGAAUCCAAGUGGAAAAUGGAACAAUUAUGUUUCUUCAGGAGGGUGGUCCUUACCAACACCAUGAACUCACAAAUGCGAGGAUUGUCAAAGAGAAAAUCACAUUUCGAGAAACAGGGACCACCAAAGUUUACUGUUUUGCCCCCGUUAUAAAUUCGACAGAGUGGAUUAACAAGUCAGUUUCUGUGAACGUAUUAGCCGCAGAUGAUUAUUACUAUUAUUAUUACGAUUACGAGGCUGCGUACCUAAAAAACAUAUCGAGGUUGAAAAAACGAUUGAAUAAGUCCAAUAGUACGAGUUCCAUUGGGUGGAUAACCAUAACAGGGAUAGUGGCAGGAAUGAGCAUACUUUUAAUAAUUAUUGCUGUCGUAUCCCACAUUCGGAUAAAAAGACUGAAAAGAGUCAUUAUUCAAUUGUCAGAAGCAGAAAUCCAAGAGUUUCUGGAAGGCGUUGUACUAGUUCAAUCAUCGACUUCAUAUGACGAAGCUUGCAAAACCUGGGAAUCACUUCCUUACAAUAAUAUGUAUGAAGUUCCAAAAACUAGCCUUCAUUUUGAGGAAAAUGACAUUUUAGGGGCUGGAGCCUACGGUCGAGUAUUCAAAGGAGUGUUAACCUCAUUACCAGCGAAAGAAAGUUUAGACGUUGCCAUUAAAACGAUCCGUCCUGGCGUGGAUGUAAUUUACUUUAAAGCGUUACUUUCUGAACUGAAAGUGAUGGCUUUUUUGGGAAAUGGUCACGAAAAUCUUGUCCAUUUGAAAGCUGCUUGCACCGAGGGCAUAAAAAAUGGAGAGAUCUUCAUUGCCUUUGAACUUUGCAAAUCAAAUCUUCUCCAAGUUGUUAGAGCAAUUAGAAAUACGGGUGGGAUUCUUGAGCCCCAACAAUAUGCUAACAUUGUGCAAACCGACGCAAUGAAAAAACCUGUAAAUGAAAAAAUGACCAACCUAUGCGAUAACCUAAGUUAUGAAAACAUCCCACGAGGUGAAUUUUUGGUGCAAGACUUAACACUAUGGAGUUAUCAAAUUGCAGAUGGGAUGGCAUACAUUGCUGAUUGCAAAGUGGUUCAUGGUGAUUUAGUUUAAGAAACGUGCUUGUAACAUACUCUGGAAUGGCAAAAAUAUGUGAUUUCGGCCUGGCACGGCUUUUGGUGGAUUACAAUUACUUAAAAACUGAGCAAUGCCCCUUACCGUGGAAAUGGAUGUCUUGCGAGUCGCUGACUUGCAUGCAGUUUUCAUCCGCCACUGAUGUCUGGUCAUAUGGAGUAACACUGUGGGAAUUAUUUAGCCUGGGCGAAAUUCCAUACCCCGGGCUUGGCUGGACGCUGGAUUUUCCGAAACUCCUUAAAGACGGACUGCGUCUUAGUCGACAUGAUUUGGCUAGUGAUGAAAUCUACCAAAUGAUACUAAAAUGCUGGGAAAUUGAUCCACAAGCUCGGUGCACUUUUCCAGAGUUGAAGUCAUUCCUUAAAUCUUAGUGAUACGUAACAAGUCAAAAAAAUAAAAUGCUUGGCUGUUAUGAAUCAAUAUUAGUCAUGGAGGAAGUGAGUCACUUGUUUCUGGAUAUUAUCUGAAAUUUUCUAGUAAGUGCAUGCAAUCAAAUCUUUAAUCUGUCAAUAGCUUAACCUCGUCAAAAGUCGAUGAUUACUUUUUCUCCUCAAUGACUCAAAUCAAGGGGAAUAAACAAGAAUAUCAAAUAAAUUAUAUCACAGAGUUAUGUCACGUUCCUAGAACUUUUAACUUCUCUUCCCAUGAUUCCCGUGUUUAAUCACCUGCCAAAUGGGUCCUAUUCAUGCUAAAAAAACAAGCGUUAUACAUAAGUCUUAACCUACUUUAUGUGUCACAGUAUGAAAUUUGCUGGAUGUUAGUGACAAAUCACAUCAAUUGAAAUAGUAGCCUAACAAACAAACGUAUGUAUGUAUUUACACAGUGAAAAUAUGUAGCUUUACACAACAUGACCAUCCAUCUGCUAUUUGAUUUGAAAUUUAAUGUUCAGCUGAAAAAGCAUAAAAUCUGGUCGUAAUGACUUCUGACUAACUACGAACAAGAAAUUGAACCCGUCACCAUCAAAAAUCCUGCAGUUGACAAAUGGCAUUCUGGCUAUAAAAUAAACGAGUAGAACAGACUUGGGACCAAGAACAAUGAAAAGCAAUCGUAAUAACAAAAAUCACAGCAUUAUUGUUCCAUCAUCAUCAUAAGCUUCCGAUCAACCAAUUCAAGGCGAAAACUGAAAAUAUAUUUAUAACUUCCCAAAAUAUUUAAGAUGAACUGCCUCGCUAUACUUGUCGUAUCUGUGGCCAUUGUUGGGAGCGUGCAAGGGGAUGGGGAAGGUGGGUCCAAGUGCCAGGGAACAAAUUGUACCCCAGCCCCUGGAGGGACAACAUGUGAGCCAAAGUAUGAACGGGAUGAUGGCUGUUGUCCUGUUUGGCAUUGCGCUAAUGGACAAACUGCUUAUGGAAAAUCUUCGUCUUCGUCCAGUUUCUCUGGAAGUUCGUCUUCAUUUUCUUUCGGGUCGCCACCUGGGAAACUUCCAGGGCUUCCUGGAUUUGGAGGACUCCCGGGUUUUGGAGGUGGUGGUCUUCAAGGAUUCCCAUUCUUUGGUAGGAGAUAGGCCAAACUUCUUGUAAUUGUUAGAUAAGACUGGUACUAAAUUCCUAAAAUGUAUUAAAAAAAUCUGCAAAAAUUAUGAAAUUA